AUGUCGGCCGCCUUCUCCCCCUCGUCUCGCUGCUUCUCUGCGUCCGCACUAGGAGAUCAAGAGGGAAGGAUCUCCUUUUCUGUAAAGCUCGUGCCUUGCCGGCUGCGUCGGCGGCGCUCGAUGACCCGCUCCUCGUUCUCGAGCACCCCCUCCAGACCUCGAGCUCCGGCGGCGGCGCUCGAUGGCCCGCUCCUCGUCCUCGAGCACCUCCUCCAGACCUCGAGCUCCGGCGGCGGUGGCAUGGGAAAGACGACCAGGGCAUGGGGAAGACGAAGACUUGCUCCAGCAGCUCAUCUUGCUCCUCGAGCUGGUGGGCUGAUGAUGGAGGACCUGCACUCUUGGCUCCACCAGCGCCGCCGCUGCCGCUUCUGCUUCUGCUCCCCGCUCGCCCACAGCGCAAAGAUUGGAGGAGGAAUGGAGUAUUGCAGAGGAAUGGAUGCUGCUUCUUUUGGUGCAGGUUUGCAUGUGAAGACCUUCACCCUGCGCUCAUCAUGUAAGCCACUUUGUAAUCUUAUUGUGUUGUCUUUUCUCUGUCUUUCUGUCAGGAAGGAUUUGGGAAUGUUUUCAGAGAUGUUUUCCUUCUCUCAUUUUAGACCAUGAUCAUUUUAAUGCUACAAUUUAGAAACAAGGAAAUUUAGUUGAUGGAAGCACAUUCCAUGAACAUCAAGGAAAUUUUAGUAAACUGCAGUAGGAUUUUCCAAGUUAGUGCUUGCAAAAUUUGUCACUGUCAACUGAAACAUGAGUGUAUGUUUUCAUUUUCCAAACUAGUGCUUGCAAAAUUUGCAAGCAUUGUUAUUUUAUUUUAUUUCUUUGUACAAUAUGGCAGUAGAGACCAUGGCAGUAGAGACCAUAACAGUAGUGACCAUGACAGUACUGAACAUAUACUCCCCUGAAUUUUUUAUGCUCCUACUCCACUUUAUGAGUUUUUUUAAACUGCCAAAUGACAAUUUACUGAAGAUGCAGAGAAGAUGCUAGUAGUAUCUCUCACAAGUUAACUUAAUCUUGGAAAGUUCACUUUAUGUGCUCACAUUCGAUCGUGUGUAAUAGUUCUACGAAGGUAAUCUUGUAGAGAAUAGGCUUAACAACCCUGCUUUUAUACAUAGUUUAUUUUUAUGCUCAAUAGACCAGCAACAUGACUCUACUUCUGUAUGUUGUGUAAUUAAUUAACCCAGAGUAAGAAUCUUGGAAAGUUGGAAGGCCUAUCUGCAUGAAGAAAAACUACAAAUGAAUGCCCACCAUUUUGAAAGCUUUUCCUCCUGUGGGUGCUCUGACAGCUCAAAAAAAAAGUGAUGACAUAUUAAAUUCCUGAAUAAUGUUCUUUUAUCUUGAGGAAAUUGACAGGAACAGUAGAUCAGAAAUUGCUUCUACUCUAGGUGAGGUUCAGAAAUUAUCCAAAGAUUCAGUUAACUUUUGUUAAUAUUCAGUUAACUGAUGAACUUUGGACAUUGAGGGACACAUUCAGUUAACUUCUGUGUUAACUGAAUCCUUUUUGCAACAUUUCUGCAGAGUACUCUCACCGGCAGCAUGAUCAAUUGUGUUUGAAAUUAAUGAACAAAUGCAAGGAUCAGAAAUUGGAGCUUCUUCUCAGCGGCAGCAGCACAAGUAGGGUAGCUCCGGGCAGCAGCACGAGCAGGGCCGCCUGGGAGCAGCAGCAACUUGCAGACGAGCAGCAGGUCGAGGAGAGGAGUGGGGGAGACGACAGGGGCCUCGAGGUUGAGGAUGAGCUUCCAUUCCAGGCCCGCCGGGAGCUCUAGGUCUAGGCGCUUGAGACCCAGGCGCGCGCAGGUCCUGGCGGCGGCGCAGGCCCUGGCUGGCGGGAGGGGAUAGCGGCGCAGCCCUGGGCGGCGGAAGGGGUGACGGCGGGAGAGGAUGGCGGCGGUGCAGCGCCAUUAAGCCGUGGAGCCGCCGCCCGUCAAGGUGGUCGCCGCGGAGGAGCAGGUGGACGGCGCAGCUCGCCUCGGGCGGCGCAGGUGGGCGCGGGCGGCGUUGGUUCACAGCGGUGGUGCGGCUCGCCUCGGGUGGCGUAGGUGGGCACGGGCAGCGGUGGUUCACAGCGGCGACGUACGUCGUCACACGCUCAACCCUACGACGGGUGCCGACGGUGGCUUGGGCGGCGGACGGAGAAAGGAGGAAGAAGCAACCGGGGGCUGAUUAGCAAGAGAUUUGAAGAUGAAAGGUUUUUUUUUGUAAAUUUGAAAAUGAACUAAGCGCUGGACAACUUUUUCCGGACGGAGAAAGUAUCAUAUACUUGGGAUUCGCAAACAUGCUUAUGUGGCAGGAAAUUAAAGAAGAGAGAAGGUCAUAGUAAUAUAGGUAGAUACCGUAACAUAAUAAAUGUUAUGCUACUAUGUGUCAUGCAUGGCAAUAAAUGAGACCAUCUAUGAUA